AUGAUGGACCCCCCACCCGAGGAGAUGCAUGAAUUGCAUCGCAUCUACACCCCUUCCGGCUCCAGCUCGUCUGCCUCCUCCAUUUCCUCCUCCAUGUCCUCCUCCGUGUCCUCCUCCGACCUGAACUCCAACGACAUUGACAUGAACAACCUCGAGCAUAACAACAUGAAAAAGCACGACGACAGUUUGGACCCGCCGCCAAGUUACAGCCCGUAUCCCCCACCCCCUCAGACCAAUUCUUCUUCCUCUCCCUCUCCUGCUCCUUCGAGUAGCAGUUCUCCUUCUUCUUCUCCUCCUCCCCCUCCCCUGACUAGUCCCCCUCCCUCAACCAAUUCUUCUCCUUCUUCUCCUUCUACUUCUUCUUCUCCUCCUCCUGCAUCAGCGGCAGCAGCUACCUCUACUGCUGCUAGUGGUAGUGGUAGUGGUAAUACCCACCCCGCCGAGCCCGAGCAUCGUCCUGCUCCCCAGUCAUCUUCUUUCUCUCGGCAGAACUUGGCCACCGCCCUCUUCGGCUUUCUUCUCCUCCUGGUAUUUGGAUACCUCCUCAUUGCGUAUGUGGUGAUUCCGGGGUGGAAGGAGGUGGUAGGGAAAGGGAAGGGGGGGAUCGAGGAGGCCAAGAUGAGGGGUGCACAUGGUGCACAUGGUUCGAGUGAGGCACAACCCCAAUUCGACAUGGACCAAAAUAGUAGCACCGUACAAGUUCUUCCAAUGGAACUUCGUUCUCUCAAAUCAGCAGCAGCAGACGAUAAAAACAACAACGAUAACAAACUGAACGCGCGCGGCAUGACCCCCACUCAGACAGACAAAACCUACCAUGUCUCCAACAGACAUGUAGUCCCGCAGUUGACGGGCACCGCAGUCCCCAAGGGAAUCAGUGCCGAGGAACUAGUCAGUUACAAGCCGGCAGAUUGGAUGCAGGCAGCCAGUGGGUUUGAGGUUGUUCACCAGGAUGGGGAUACCACAACUUCCUCUUCUAACGAUGGCGGAUCAGCAGCAGCAGCCCUGAGAAGAAAAAGUCUUCAAGCGGGUGGUGUUGCUCGUUUGCGUCGUCGUAAUCAUCGUCGUGCUGCCCCUGAGCAGCCAGCAGCUGAUGACAUGGAACCAACAAAGUUGAAGCAACAAGAUAAAUUGUUCCAGCUUGGAUCGGGUGGUUGGCUGACUUUGACUCCCACUGCUGCUGCUUCCCCUACUGGUGGAGGUCCGUCCGAGUCCGAGUCCGAUCACCACCAGCAGCAUCACGGUCUCGAUAGCGACCUUAAGAAAAAGAAAGAAGAAGAAGAAGAGGCCAGCGAGCCGCGUGAAGAAAUGGUGGAAGUUACCAAGACCAGGGUCAGAAGAACCAUCCACCCAAAGAUUCCGGUGCCAAUCUCCGCUUUGCAUCCCUCUACCUCUACUGCUGCUGCGGUGGACGAUGUUUCCAUGGACGGUGGAAGGCUGGGGCUGUUAACUACAUGGCAUGAUCAUUUGCUUGUUGUUCCUCCUUCCUUGACACCGGCAGCAACAGCAACAGCAAAGCCCGAGUCAUCGUCAUCGUCACCGGAGCAGCAACAGCAGCAGCAGCAGCAGCAGCAGCAGCAGCAGCAGAAAAAGUCACAAGCCAUGGAGGAUGCAGCAGCGCUACGGUUUGGACAGACUACCUCUAUGGAUGCACGUGAUCAGCUUGUCAAGAGGGGUGGUGAGUCCUGGACUAAACCGAGGAUCCCGAUACCUGUAACUGUGAGUACCAAGGAUGGGGCGGCGGCGGGGGCGGAGUCUACUCCUACUGCUGCCAAUAGGGAGUCUACUACCUCCAAGAAGAGUUCUGUUGUUGCGGGUAAUUUGGGAGGGGUAGGGGAGAAGUAUGGGACAGGAGCACAAGCAGCGAAGGGAGGAUUGCACGCAGAUAACUCGAAGAUGAUGCAGAAGGGGGGCCAAGGUGUACCUCUUGCGGAUGGGAGGGGGACCUACUAUCCCCCUUACAGCAACAACAACAACAAUAACAACAACUUUGUUCGCCGUCGUGAUCGCGACCAGCAGUACCACGGCUGGCCUACACUCACACCCCUACCACCACAAGGGAAAAGUAGCACCAGCAGUAGCCGCGCAGGCGCAGGCGGCGGUGGCGGCGAGUGGGUGGUGGGAAAUACACCACGAAGUAGUGGUGGUGGCAUCCACACUCUCGGAGGUCCGGGCCGUUAUUCUGCAGCUACUGCAGCUGCAGCUACUCGUCGCCCAGCGGUGACGGCGGCGACGGCGUCUGCUGUUACUCACGCUGGUACAAACAACAAGCACACACCUCGACACGCCGCCGCCGCCGCUUCGUCGGCCUCUGCUGCCUCUGCUCCUUCUGCCUCUGGCACUGGCACUGCCAUUUCUUCCACUGCGGCUUUGUCGCAGUCGCAGCAGCGCGGUGCUGGCCGUCUUGAGUACUGGCGAUAUGAAAAGAGCGAGGAGCGGGAGGAGGAGGAGGAGGAGGAAGACAGUAGCACCAUUAAAGCCACUGCUGCUCCUACUACUACUGGUAACAUCAAGAGUAAAGGUAAAGGAAAGGGCCACCAGGGACAUGGACAUGGAAGUUUCCACGCGCGCCGCUCCUCGCGACCUGCUGCACCUGUCGUAGGCGUCACUCAUCAUCAUCUUGACUCGUGGGCAAACAACAACGGCGAUGACGAGGUUGAGUAUGGCAGCAACGCACUCAUGAAACUCCCUCGCUCGGGUGUUGUUGAGACGGGCGGUCUGAGCACCACCACUGAAGAAGACACCACUGAAGGCUCCAACGCCGCCGGCGACGGGUCUUUGGAUGAGGAAGAGGAGUCCGAGGAUCAAUCUCAUCGCUUGUCGUCGUCGGAGUCACCUGAGGAAGUGGAGGAGGUUCAUCACCACCGCGGUGGUGACUACAAGGCUUUGAUUUCUUUGCAUUAUCCGAAUCAAAAGGUCAAGGAAUGGUGGAAUCAUUUAAUCCGGGGACGGAUUGGGGGCGGUGGGAUUGAUCAUCAUCAUCGAAAGGGGCUGAAAGGUAGGGAGAAGAGGAUGGUGAAGGAGACUGACACGACGGACACGGCGACAGUGGUGGGUUGUGACGAGAAGAAGAAAAAGAAGGGGAUGAAGUGUGGUCUGGAGAUUGUCGUCUCCAAGACGUCUGCGAACGGCAGCUCCGUCACAGCCACGGCUUCAUUGACAGUCAAGGCCUCGCCCAAGUGGUGGACUCCUCAUCCCCAUUUGAAGACCACGAGCGCCGCCUCUGCUGCGUCUGCCUCUGCCGCCUCCGCUGCCUCUAUCCUCUCCGCCACUCCCACUCCUGCCACCCCCUCUUUCUCUCCCAGCCCAACAACUCCCACUCCCACUCCCACUCUCACCCUCAUUGCUGCUGCUGCUCCUCUCGCCGGCGGCGCCGGCGCCAACACCAAAUUACCCGGAACUACCCUCAUUUCCUCCUCCCUCCCCGCCGCCGAAAACAACAGUAACCUUCCAGGGACUCCCACCACCCUUCGCAACAACACCCCCAAUCCCAACCCCAACAACCCCAACGCCCCAAAACCCCAAUUCCCCCAAAAGAAAAACCGCGCCGUCCCACCCGACUACAACGACCCCCACCGCGAAGACAUCGUCGUCCCAGGCAUUCUGGAAAUCCACCUCACCCCCGAGGAAGCCAAGCCGGAGAUCAUGAACGCCAAGUACGACUACUGGGAGUUUAUCGCGCCGCCCGAUCUUUACUAUGUCUCGGACCAGGAUUCGCCUAUGAAUCCGUACGGGCGGGGCGAGAGGAGGAGGAGGCUGGUGGACACUACUAGAGGUACCUUAACUUCGACCGUGGAAGACAACAACAAAAGAGCGGAGGACGAUGUAGGAAGAGAAGGAAGGGAGGAAAGAGGAAGGGAAGUAAGGGGACAUGAAAGGGAAGAAAGAGGAGAAAGAGAAGAAAGAGGAGGAGAAGAAGAAGCAGGGGCAGGGGUAGGGAAAAAAACAUGA